AUGCCCGUGGAGAAGUCGAAGGACUAUCAGAACAUGUUCGGACUUUCGAGACCGGCCAUCUUCAACGCCGUCGACGCGUCGCUUCGCAGGCUGGAUACAACUUACAUCGAUGUCCUGCAAGUCCAUCGUUUUGAUCCAGAUGUUCCAAUUGAGGAGACGAUGAAGGCCUUAGAUGACCUCGUCCGGAUGGGAAAAGUGCGCUACAUAGGUGCCAGUAAGAGGAAGAAAGGGAGAUGA